UCAUGCUGCCUAGCCAGUGUCCAGAGUCUCUCAUGGCGUCCCUGUAAAACCGGCAAAUCCCAUGUCUGCUGUCUUCUGUCUCCAUCGCCACACUCUGCCAUGUGCCACUUUCAGGUCUCCUCACACUGCAUGGUGUGUUUCCAUUUUUUGUCAUAGGGUGCUGGCAGAUUACGGGCCUCCUAUAGCUGCUGCCAGGCCCCUAAUGCUUGGCCAUGGGACCCUAUACCUGCCUCCUCAUUGCUGCUGCCAGGUCCAGAAGUCUCUCAUUGGUCCCUGUACGGCCAUCCCUUGCUGCUGUCUCUCCAUCCGCCACAACUCUGCCCAUGUGCCCACUUUCAUGUCUCCCUACACAUGCUGGUGUGUGUUCCAUUUUUUG